ACUCCCGCUGUGAUAAGCGGAUCAUACGAGUGGAGAAAAUUGGUUGACGCAACCCGUGACGCAGAAGUUCGACCUCAAGCAAUUUUGGUCCUUCCUUUAUUAUUGUCUACACCUUCAUCCUACCUCCGUAACAAUCGGUCGGUCAGCUCUAACAGACUGGAUUUUAGCGGAUUGCCAGGUCUCUGUCCAGCACGUCAUCGGAACGCCAAUCAGCACACCUUCAAGUCCGCGGAGAUCGGGUGACCACCAGAUAUGCUCGGUUGACACUUCACGCCUGCCGUUUUAUCUCAUCUUUUCCCAAUAUAUUUGUUUCCCGGGCUACCAGUCCAAUCUCUCCUACAUACUUUCAAGUCUCUUUUCUUCUUCUUUUCCCACAUCUCUCGGGGGAGAGCCAGCCAUGACCGUACGAUGCGGUCCCACAAUGCCAUGAGAGAUGAGGAGGCCGUCGACGCCAGCUGGGAGGCCACGAGGGGCGCGGCCUACGGGGCCGUGAAGUGGGGAGCCGCCAUGGCCGUCCUCGGAGGUAUCGGCUACGCCUUCUCGCCGAUAUACCGGGGCUUGACGAUCCAAUUCAAAGUCUACAUCCAAAUGUCCGGAAUGGUUGUGGGGAGCAUGAUAGAGGCCGACUACAGGCUCCGGCAAUACGAGGCACGCAUGAGGAUGCAGAAGCGGCGAAUGAGGGACAAGGCCAUGUGGGAGAGCUUUGAGAGGCAGUACGGGAAGGACGACGAGGACGACUGAGUCCCUGGAAAGACACUUCGAAGGAUGCCCUUGUUUGUUCAUCGGAGGGAGCCUUCGGGACCAUGUAUCAUGUAUUAUAAGACAGUUCUACCGACCCAGGGGCUGCCAGCCACUAAAAUCCC